ACGCGCCCUGGUGACUUGCGGGGCGGAAACUGGACGCCCGAGCCUCAGCACUGGGAGGGGGCUCGGGGUAGGCGCGCUCUUUGGCGGCGGGUGUGUUUACCGUGGGGAAGAAGUUUAGCAGCCGGUGAGAACAGGAGGGAGGCCGGGAGGAGGAUGCAGCUUGGCCGGGGCGCCCGCUGCAGGAGCUCGCCGCCGCCUCAGCCUCGGCCUCCAGGACCGCCGAGGGUCCGCCCGCCUCCCCGCGUGUCCGGCUAAAUUAUUCAAGUUUGUGGGAUACUAUAUGAAUCUUAAGACUGUAAUAAAGUGGCAAUGUCUCGGGAACCUACUCCACCUCUGCAUGGAGAUAUGUCUACUAGUCCUGUUGCAGAAAGCUGGUGUUACACACAGGUUAAAGUAGUGAAAUUUUCCUACAUGUGGACUAUUAAUAACUUCAGUUUUUGUCGAGAAGAAAUGGGUGAAGUGUUAAAGAGUUCAACAUUUUCUUCUGGCCCAAAUGAUAAAAUGAAAUGGUGCCUGAGGGUGAACCCAAAGGGAUUGGAUGAUGAAAGUAAAGACUAUUUGUCCUUAUAUUUGCUUCUAGUUAGCUGCCCAAAAAGUGAGGUUCGAGCUAAAUUCAAAUUCUCUCUUCUGAAUGCUAAAAGGGAAGAAACAAAAGCAAUGGAAAGCCAAAGAGCGUAUCGAUUUGUGCAGGGGAAGGACUGGGGAUUUAAAAAAUUCAUUAGAAGGGAUUUUUUGCUUGAUGAAGCUAAUGGUCUCCUUCCAGACGACAAGCUUACGUUAUUCUGUGAGCAUCUCCAACACUGCUUGCAGAAGAGGUGGAAGCAUUGCACUGCCCUCCCUAAAGAACUGGCAUCUCCCCUCCACUGCAAGUGGUGCUGUAGACAGGUGAGUGUGGUCCAAGAUUCAGUAAAUGUAUCAGGACAUACUAAUACAAACACUUUAAAGGUGCCAGAAUGUCGACUAGCAGAAGAUUUAGGUAAUCUCUGGGAAAACACAAGAUUUACAGAUUGCUGCUUUUUUGUGAGAGGAAAAGAAUUCAAAGCUCAUAAGUCUGUGCUUGCAGCUCGAUCCCCAGUUUUUAAUGCAAUGUUUGAACAUGAAAUGGACGAAUGCACAAAGAAUCGAGUGGAAAUAAAUGAUUUAGACCCUGAGGUUUUUAAAGAAAUGAUGAGAUUCGUUUACACAGGAAAAGCACCAAAUCUUGAUAAAAUGGCCGACAACUUGUUGGCAGCUGCAGACAAAUAUGCACUGGAACGGCUGAAGGUCAUGUGUGAAGAAGCUUUGUGUAGUAACCUCUCAGUAGAAAAUGUUGCUGAUACCCUUGUCCUUGCAGAUUUGCACAGUGCAGAACAGUUGAAAGCCCAGGCAAUAGACUUUAUUAAUAGGUGCAGUGUUCUUCGACAACUUGGGUGUAAGGAUGGGAAAAACUGGAACAACAACCAAGCAACUGACAUAAUGGAAACAUCAGGGUGGAAGUCCAUGAUUCAGUCUCAUCCUCAUUUAGUGGCAGAAGCCUUCCGAGCACUCGCAUCUUCACAGUGUCCACAGUUUGGUAUUCCACGCAAAAGGUUAAAGCAGUCUUGAGUCUUCCAUGGACAGUAGAAAAUUUAUUUGCCUUUACUCCCCCAGGUCCCGAAGGAUUCCAAUACAAACCAUAAGCAACAGUUGUUUCUGUCUCUUGUCCGCAGAACAGAAGCUGGAAAGGCAUAUUGCUUGCAUUCACAUGGAUAAUUUAUGGUUUAUACUUCAGCUUUAAAUCUGACUGAUUAAUUCACUUCAAGGCCUUAAAUUGUCUUCAGUGACUUCUCUUGUUCAUAUAAUAAUUUAAUUUUUUUUAUUGUGCCUUGUCAGUUUGCCAAGGCUAUGCAGGAUUGCACUAGCUCCACAAUGCAGUAAUAUUGAUAACUGAUGAUACUGAGUUUCAAAGGAUCUUCCAUUAUUUUAGAAACAAAAGAAUUUUACAGGCUUUAUUCUAUAUGAUCUUCAAGUAUAAAACAAGGUUCUAUUGGAUUGUAGAUUGCCAGAGUCAUCUCCAGUCUCAGUUGUGUAGACACUACAGAGCCUGUUACCAUCCAGAUAAGUGUUGGCCAUACACUGCUCUGAUUAAAAUUAUUUUUCAUUUCCAGGGGCAGAUAAGCAAUGAGUUGACCUAAAAUUUUAGUAAUAUUUGUAGUGUUUGUCUGUAUAUUAACUGCUCAAGAAACUGGGUUUAUGCACAUUUGUAAAGAUUGAAAAAUAAUAUGAAGUUAAGAUUUCAAUAAAAAGAAAGCAUGGCUUUUGCUAAUGUUUUAAAUUUAUGAGUUACAUUUGAAAGAAAAAUUCAAUAGAUGUUAAAGUCAGGAUGACCAAUGUACAUGUAAUGAGUGGGCCAAUUAAGAAAGAUAUAUGUGCACUUUUAAUGUGGAAAUUUUCUAUGAUAAAUGGUACAUAUAUAUUUUCCCUUUGCAUGAAUUAAUAAGAUUUUGAUUAUGUUUUAACAUUUAAAGGAAGUUUUUGUGACACAAGGAGCCAACUUGGAUAUUCAUGAUAAUAGAUAAAAUUAUGCUUGAUUUUAGAUACAUUGACUUGGAUUAAAAAUAUUUAUUAUUGAGCUUAUUACAGUUUUAUUACAUUUGGGGAAGGCACCUAACAAUAAAUGAGUCUUGUACAGUCUGCUUUAUUUCAAAGCAAUUAACAGAUAUGGGGAAGCAGAGAACCCUCUGAGUGUGUGCAGCCACACUAGGAAGCUUGUUCUCUCCUCAGUGGCUCAGUUACUAACAAGGUAGAUGAUUGAAAUUUUGCGUAACGUGAAUGGGAUAAAUGUUACCAACUGUUUUUAGUGAAACAGUUUUUUUAAAUUAAAGUUUAGCUUUAAACACACAAAUGUUCUGUGUUUAAUAGUUGUGAGAUCUGUUGUGAUGCAUUUUCUAGAGAAGCAGGAAUGGUCAGUGUCAGAUCCUAUGUGACUGAAGCACCAAUGAUGUGCUCUCUUCAUAAAGACUGAGCGUGUUACUGGAAAACAGGUAUAUGUGCCUGUAUUUUGCAUAUAUAGCUUUAUUCCCUGCAUUAAAAUUUGUGUAAUUUGUUUAUUAUAAAAUUCAGGACAAAAGUAAGCAUAUUGUUUUAAAAUAGACUAUUUUAACUAUAGCUUUUUAGGUCUUAACUGAAACAAUCUUAAAAUACACUCAGAAAAUACUGUCAAAUAAGCAUUAGUUAUCAAGAGAAAACAAGCAAAGAUUGUUAUUUUUAGAUAUUUUAGUUUUGAUUCUUUGUUGAGUUAAAAUGGUAAGAAUUAUUUGAGAUAGAAGAAAUUUUUUCAACUGAGAGUGGGCUUCACCCUAUGUAAGAGAAUCAUGAUGAGCAAAGGUUUAUUCACUUAAUUUCUUCAUAAUACAAAUUGUGUUACAUUAACAGUGUAAGCUUUUAAACACAUACAAGCACACUUUUUAAUACAAGAUAAUUUCAUGGUCUAACAAAAAGCCAAGAUUCCACUCAGCAUCUGGAAUACAUUGUCAAAUGUCAUAAAAACACUGAAGUCUAUGUACAACAUAUUGCAAAUUGAUUCAUUGGUUUGGUCUACAUUUCUAACCGUGGUGAAAUCAAUAGUAAUGCCAUAUAAACAUUAUAAAUGUUUAUUGAUAAUGUUUGCAAUGUUAUAACACAUAUUUUUGGUUUUAGUUUGCUAAUAUAUUUUCUACCAAAAAUGUCCAACACUGUGCUCUAUAAAUAUCGGUGUUUGCUGAAAUGCCCACUUUUUGGAUGGUACUAUACCAACCAUUACACUUAAAGAAUCAUACAAUCUUUUCUGUUUUUUAAUGUAUAUUUUAAUGUAUAUUUUAGUAUAUUUGGUCAAAAUAGGUACAGUUUCUGCUUAAUGCAGUCUUUUUAAGUUACCAGUUUUCUCCUGUUACUUUUGAGUCACCUAAACAAGGCUUUUCUCAGAACAGAGUAAGUGGUUUUCAAUAUUACAAUUUAAAAAUGUGUCUGUUGGAAAAUUGUUCUUCAGAGUAAGAUUUAGAAAUGCUGUAUUUGUGCCUUUUUCAUUGUUUUGCUUUUAAUGUGUUUUGAUACUUGGAGCACAAAUAUGAAGGUGCCAUGAGAUGGCUUGCUGAUGUUACCUCCUUAAAUACUUUCUAUAUUACUAUCUUCAAAUAAUAAUUGGAGAACCUUGAAUGAAAUGCCCUUUGUGUGAGAUAUGUAUGUGUUAUAUUUUCUCGGGCUGUGUGUAAUAUGCUUGAGUGAAUUUAUGAAAAUAGAACUUAGUUAAAUAUGCUGAAAAUUCAGAUUAAUUGAAGUAUCUCAUUUAAGUGUACUUUAUAUGAAAAGACAGUGGAUUGCCAGAAGACAGUGUAAUCCUCAAAAAUGUGACCAGCAUUCUGCAUUAUAAAAUAGGAAAAUAGUGCUGUUUUAGGAUAUCAAGGAUAAUUAAAUUUUAAAAAUAAUUGCUUUAAAUAUUUUAAAAAUGUCAUGAACAUUAUUUUAUUUUUUACCUUGAUCUAAUUGAGAGUUUAAAUUUUUGGAAAUAUUAUUUUGCUCAUUAAAACUUUAUACAUGAAUUUAAAGCAGAAGUUUUUAUAUGAAAUUAUAGAUAAAGGCUUCAAGUAUGGCUCAAUGAUAGAGUGCUUAUGAAUAUUUGUGGUCUGUAAGUUGGAUCCAUAGCAACACCAACAACACACAAAAAGAUGGGAUCGUAGAUACUAUUCAUUAUUAGAAAAAUGCAACAAAGACUUGGAAGUUUUAUGAAAAUCUCAAUCAGCAGUUUUACUACAAGUCUCACUUGUUCAUGUAGAAGUGAAAUAAUCUGUUUUGGACAUACCUAGUCUUUGAUGGUUACAGUGGAAAUAUUUGUUGUGUUCUUGAGAGAGGUGGGUGAAUGAGAGAGUGGGUUUCAGUAUUCUCAGAAAUACAUACAGCACUUUCAGCACACACGAGAGUAUUUUACAAACCUUUUUAUAUAGAGAUUGUGAGCUCCAACUUAAGUGUUCAUGGAAUGAUGUAAAUGUUGGCUAUUUCUAGCUGAAAAAAAAAUACUGAGUGCCUCCAAUGCAAGACUUCUUUACUAGGAAUGAAAUCACGCUGUAUUUUCUGUUGUUGUAUGUAAAUUUAUGUCUGAGAAGGAAUCCUUAUUUUUAAAUAUUUUCCUGUUGGUAAAGCUUAUUGUAAAGCUUAUAAUCUAAGUAGUUAAUUUAGCAUUGCUUAUAGAUGAAUUGAGUCCAUUUUUGGAAAUAAAAGUUUUGCUAAAAUUAUUUAAUUAUUAGUUCAGAAGGAAGUUGACUUUUAAGACUCAGACCUUUAACAGUUAAA